AAUUAGACUGUUAUAGGUGCGUGUAAGUGAUAACGAAGAUACGAUAUAACAUCAUAGUUGGAUGUAGUUAUUUAUUUUUUAGCUUAAAGUGUGAAAAAAGCUGCCAUAAAAUGUCAGAAAAUAAUAAAUAUUCAAUAAUCCUUCCGACUUAUAAUGAAAGAGAUAAUUUGCCUAUUAUUAUCUGGCUCAUAACAAAGUAUCUUGACGAAACAAAAAUUGAUUAUGAGAUUAUUGUCAUUGAUGAUGGCAGCCCCGAUGGGACUUUGGAAGUCGCUAAACAGCUCCAAGAUUUAUACAACCAAGAUGGAAAAAACAAAAUUGUACUGAGACCAAGGGAAAAGAAAUUGGGGCUUGGUACUGCCUAUAUACAUGGCAUCAAGCAUGCUACAGGAAAUUUUGUAAUAAUUAUGGAUGCAGAUUUGUCACAUCAUCCAAAAUUUAUUCCUGAAUUUAUAAAAAAACAGAAGGAAGGUGAUUUCGAUAUUGUUUCUGGGUCGCGAUACAUCAAAGGCGGGGGUGUCUCUGGCUGGGAUUUGAAGAGAAAGCUCAUCAGCCGAGGAGCAAAUUUUCUUACCCAGUUCCUUCUCAGACCUAGGGCCUCUGAUUUAACAGGAAGCUUCAGGCUUUAUAAAAAAAAUGUACUUCAAACACUGGUUAUGAAUUGUGUGUCCAAAGGAUAUGUGUUUCAAAUGGAAAUGAUAAUUAGGGCGAGACACCUGGGUUAUAAAAUAGGCGAGGUACCGAUAACGUUUGUCGAUCGAGUCUAUGGUGAAAGUAAAUUGGGAAAUAAUGAAAUAUUUCAGUUUGCACAAGGACUGGUAUAUUUAUUUUAUGCACUGUGAAUAAUAUUACUUGGGUUUUUAUUUAAAUUACAUAUAU